AAUUGAUUUAAGAUGGCUAGUUUUGGUCUUUUAUUUAUGCUUUGUUUUACUGGAUGUCUCUGUCUUUCCCGUGGGACUGCAGAAAUUUGCAGAGGAGCGCACUGUUUUGGCGCGCACAACACACAAUGCACGGGCGCGCAAUGCUUAGGGCGCACAGGGACAAGUUCAAGUCAACUUGCCGCCGCAUCGCGAGGUGGACCGCUGCAGAAUAGGCAUCAGCAUGGUUAUAACGAUCCUGCAUCUAGAGGACAGUCGGUUCCGUAUACUAUAUACCCCCCACAGAAUGGAGGAGAGAGAUCACCUCGGCAAAACCCGAGGAGUAUAACUGCCAAGGUGUAUAAUCCAGAAUGUACUGAGGGGGACUGUGCAACUCCUAAAAGGCUUUCUCGAAAUGACACUCAAGAAUGUAAAGGUAUUGAAUGUAAAUUGCCGCCCCGAAUUCGUUCAAAGCCGAAACCACAGUCAUGUGUUGGGGAACAGUGCUCAGCUACCGCCGGCUCCACAGGGGGAAGAGCCAGGUCCUCCGUGGUGCAUUUACCGGACAGAGCUGCUCAAUUCUUGGGGGAAUUUUCAGAUUUCACCUCAGAUCUCGGAUCUUCGUUUGGAAUUCAGUUGACAUGUGACGCCAAAGCAGGCUCCAAUGAGGUCCCGUCGGAGGACGCGCUGGUGCUACAGCUGCACAUGGCCAAGGGCCAGGAGCGCCUGGUGGAGGAGCUGCGGGCGCAGCAGACGCAGGUGUCCGACCUGCAGAGCCGCCUCUCCGAGCAGCAGAGCACGCUGCUGGCCCAGCAGCAGGACGUUCUGGAGCAGCAGCGGCGCACGCAGCAGCUGCUGGAACAGGUCAAGGCCCAGUUCGGCCUGCUGCAGGACUCACUCAACCAGCUGUCCCUGCGCGCCGCCCACGCCGAGAUGGGGGCCCACACCCUGGGCAGCAAGGGCCAGGAGCGGCCGCCUGCCCAUGAGUCGUACGCGGUCCACAAGGUGGACAUGGAAGCCAGCGUGAUGGAUGUGGGUCGGCCGCUGCUGGGGUGCCCGGCAUGCACCGCGGACGAGUACUGCGACUUCAGCGGCGAGCGGCCGCACUGCGAGAGAUGCACCGUGUGUCCACCCGGCUUCUUCCUGGUGGCCCAGUGCUCUACUCAUGAUGACCGCAUAUGCCAGGAUAGAGAUGAAUGCCUGGAAAUAACAAACCUCUGUGGAGAGCAAAACCAAUGUCUCAACACUCCAGGUGGGUUCAGGUGCCAGGGCAUGUCGGAGCGUGAGGGCGCCGCGGGCCACUGUGGCCACGGCUACUACUACAGCUCGCACCUGCAGGAGUGCCAGGCCUGCUCCGACUGUGACCACAGCCCCGUGUCCGUGGCCUGCUCGGCAGUGCGGGACACCGUCUGCUCCACAUCCCCCGCCACCGAGGGUGCUAGCGGCGGCAGCGGUCAUCUCUCGCUGUCCUGGGCCGGCAACGUUGUCCUGCCCCUGUCUGAGUCGGCGCAUGGACACGCCUUUCCCAGCAUGCAGCUGAUGAUCCAGGCACGUGGCGAUGGCUGCGGCGGUGAGCUGGUGGCGUGCGACGGCGGGCAGCUGCGCGUGCGGCAGCACGGCCUGGUGUGGGCCGACUACAACCUGGCCCUCAGGCACGGCUGCCGCAGCUUCGUGCAGGCCUGCCUGCGCCUCAACAGCAGCGGCGCCGACGGCGGCGUGGCGGACAGGGCUCAGCAGGACGAGGGUCGCGACCUGAGCGGUGUGCGCGUGGAGCAGCGCGAGGGCCGGGCCCUACAGAGCGCCAGCGUGAGUGCGGCCAGCGCGCUGGAGGCCGGUCAGACGCUGGGCCUGCUGCUGCGCUCCGCCAGCCACCACUGCAGUGCGGCGCCGGCCGGUGAACAGCUGCACCUCCACGCCGGCUCGGCGCCGCCGCUCAGCCUGCUGUGGCUGUCGCACGACACCGGCGCGGUAGCCAUGACGGCGCAGGCUGUAGCCUCGGCACACUACCACACCAACUACCGGCCCACGUUCCGUGUGACGUCCGUGUCGGACCCGUACGUGUUGGCGCUGACGCACGACGAGCGGGGCGUGCGCUUCGCCGAGAGCGGCUCGCUGCGCUUCGUACUCCAGCAGGCGGUCUACUCCAUGGGCCAGACGUGCGUGAGCGAGGGCUUCACACUGCUGGCUUACGUGUCACGGAACGGCUCCAGCGCAGAGGUGGCGCGUGCCUCCCGCCACGGCGUGCACUACCGCGACACCUCCGUCUCGCUGUCGGCGGCGGCGACUGUCCACGCCGGCGACGCGCUCUCCUUCGAGAUCCUGGCGCCGGCACAGUGCAACGUGCGCUACUUUGGCGACGGCUCGGGCAUCAGCAUGCUCAGCCUGCUGUGGGUGCCGCGCGCCACCUCUGCCUCGCUGGCCGCCGGUGUCUCCCCCAAGGGCCUGCCGUCCGGCGCCGUGCGCAACCGGGCGCUCCACUUCCACCAGACGUCGGCCCGCGCCGAAGCCCUGGAGGUCAGCGGGGCCCAGGACCCUCACCCGCAGCGCGACCUGCUCUUCCACCGGGCCGGCUCGGCCAGCGUGGCCAUGGAGCUGCGGCUCAUCCACUCCUGCAGCCUGUUGCGGCUCACGCUGCACCGCCGGGCGCAUGGGGAGAGUGCGGUGGGGGCCAAGAACGAGCCGCUGGCCCAGCAGGUGGCCGGCCAGAUGCCUGAGGGCAGUCAGUGGGCCAACGUGGCACUGCGUGCCUCCUUCCAGGUGCACAACGGCACGGCGGUGUUUGUGACGGUGGACUGUGUGCACGGGCGGAUCAACCAGAUCGCCCACGAGUCAGGCAGCAGUAGCAUGUCUGUGCUGUGGGUGGCUGCCUAG